AUGUUAAAUUUCAAAGACAGUAAGAACAAGUCGUCUGCUCUAACAACAAGAUGGGCGCAAAUGUCCAAACAGGAACAAAUAAUAGAAAGAAAAAGAAUGGAGAUCGAGGCGAAGGCGGAAGCCCAAAAGCAAGCUGCUGCUUUAGCAGCACAAGCCAAACUAAUCAACCCCGGUGUAAAACAAGAAAGCAAUUCUCCUAAUAUUUUUUCGAAUGAUGGAAGCUUCAUGAGUCAAUAUAAAAAACUACUUGAACAAAAGAAAGAAAAGGAGGAAAGAGAUAAGCAAAAAGCUCUUGAAGACGAGCAGAAGAAUAAAGCUGAAAUAAAACAGGAAAUAGAGAAGUUUGAUGAUAAUUUUGCUAAUAAUGACCUUUCUAAUGAUAGAAAACCAAGAGAUAGACAUUGGCCAGACAGUGGAAACAACAGCUCAAACAGUCCGAUGACACCAGUGAUGGAACAUCGAAAGAAACUGUCUGAACACAGAAAUAUACCAUCCCUCAUGCAAAUACCUGUCAUGCCCCCUGAACCUCUCUCACCAUCUUCAAUUCGAAAUGAACAGUGGUCACAACCUGAUUCAGAAUGUCCUGCUGAUAUGGAUAACAAACCAAAUAAUCCUUCUAUGGGGGAUCCCAAUAUAAUGCCCCCUGGUUUUCCUCCAAUGGGACCUGGCUCCAUGGGACAAGGUCCACCAAUGGGUCCUGUUUCCAUGGGACAAGGUCCACCAAUGGGUCCCGGUUCCAUGAGACAAGGUCCAUCAAUGGGACCUGGGAUGAUGAAUUCUGCUUCCUCUGCUUCCAAUAAUACUAUGGGCCCUAAUAAUGUAUUUCCUGGUCCUCAUCCAAUGGGCCCCUGGGGGCCUGGUGGCAAUGGACCCAUGCCAAAUAAUCUGCCCAAUAUGGGUCCAGGACCUAUGAUGAGGCCCGGUGGACCUAUGCCCCCUUUUAUGGGUGGACGAAACUUUCCUCCUAUGCCUCCUAAUUUCAUGGGCCCUAAUGGACCGCGUAAUAUGCCGCCAAAUAUGCGAGGUCCAGGACCUAAUGGUCCAAUGCCCCCCUUUUUUCCUCCAUUUUCUAAUCCUCCAAUGAUGAGACCAAAUGGCCCACCAAAUUCCAUGAUGCCACCUAAUGGUAAUGAUAAUUCUAAUAAUCCCAAUAUGCCAUUUAUGAGGCCUAGACCUCCAUUUGGACCCAAUGGCCCCAACUUUGGUCCAAAUGGUCCUCGAAAUAUGCCAUUCAUGCCACCCGGUAUGCCAAAUGUCCCACGCCUAACUGAACCAAUACCUGAACAAGGCAUUCCACCUUCCGAUUCUAUGAAUCCAACAACCUCUACAAUGGCGCAACAGUCAAAUGAACCCAACGAUUUGGAUCCACAUAUGCCACAAGUUUUCUCUGCAGAUCGGAUGCCGCCUGUUGUCCAGCGUGCCGCCUUCGAAGUGGCGACAAACGGCGACCAUUGGGAGAAUGUCCUGAAAUCCAUUCACUCCCAAGACCAAAAUAUGUGGUUCCUUCAUAACCAGAAUUCUAAUGAAUAUAAGUCGUUUCGCGAUCUCGUUAAUAAAAUCCGUUCAGAUGGUCAGGCUGCUGUUAAACCGGAAGUCAAGCCGGAAGAUAAAUAUGAACCAGAAUUCAGUUUGGAGGAUGAUGACAGCAAUGACGCUAAACCGGACAGACAGGAUAAUAACAGUUACAGUUGGAAGACUAAUACUCCAUGGACCAAUAACAUAAAAGCGGAACACAAUAGCUCACAAAGUGAUGACGAUUCUGAUAUGAAGAAGGAACGUCGUAAGCGCAGGAAGUCCCGUUGGGGCGAUGACCCACCGGUCACGGAUAUUAAACCACCCGGUGUUAUGACUGCCAUGCAACCAUCUAUUACAGGUCCAAAGUUAGCAAAAAUAGAUGGUGAAGGCUUGAAGUUGACUAAUUUGAACCAACAAAAUCCAGCAUUGCUACAGUAUGCAAUGAUGAACUUUGGCUCCACUAAUCUUAGCCCAGAAGACUGGAAGAAGUGCGAAGAUAAUUUUAAAUUAAACUUAUUAUAUCAAGACAUGUUAAAAAAAAGACAAGAAGUUGAACGGUUGAAUGCUGCCGGUAAACACAAAUAUGAAUAUGACAGUGAUGAGGACACAUCGGAGGGUACUUGGGAACAUAGAUUGCGUGCAAAAGAAAUGUUUGCGACGGAAAAAUGGGCCGACGAACUGACGAAGCAGGCUGCUGGGAAACAUCACAUCGGCGACUUCUUACCACCCGAAGAAUUGAGGAAGUUCAUGGAGAAGUAUUCAGCGGCUCGAGGUGGAAAGGAACCUGAUCUCUCAGAUUAUAAAGAGUACAAAUUGAAGGAGGAUAAUGUUGGUUUCAAAAUGCUGCAGAAGUUGGGAUGGAAUGAAGGACAAGGCUUGGGAGCCGAGGGUACUGGUAUUGUUGAACCUAUUAAUAAAGCUAAUCAGCCCAUGGCGAACCUCGGUCUGGGCGCAUCCACUUCCGACAACGUGUCACCUGACGAUGACGAGUUUGAUGCGUACCGCAAGCGCAUGAUGCUUGCCUACAGAUUCCGACCAAAUCCUCUCAACAAUCCGCGCCGACCAUAUUACUAG